ACUUCAUAUGAUGGUUUAUUUAUCACAGUCCUCUCUAAUCUAUACAAUCAGUUUGCUUUUGAUUCUAUGAGGUGAUAUAAAUUUCCUAAGAGAAAACUAACCUCACAAUAAUGUUAUUGCAGUUGGCCAACUCUAACCACUGCUUUUGGGACUGCCUUUUCUCUUUGCUUAUCACAAACAUAAACACAUACACACACUUUUCAUCUAAUAGUAUGAUGGAAAUAAUGGAGACUCUAGAGUCAGACUUGAUUAUUUUUUUUAACCUCCUUUGGCUUCAAUACCUUAUCUAUAAAAUGCAGCUAUUAACAUCUAUUUCCAAAACCCCGUUUUGAGAACUAAGGAUAAAGUAUAAUAUAUUGAGUUCCAGGCACACAGAGGUUGCUAAAUAAACAAUCACUCCUUAUCCUGUGCUUUUUCUCUUUCAUCCCCAUCACUCAGCUUCCAUUCUCAGAUCUAACAUAUUUGUAAAACCAUGUAGUUAGCAAUUGAGGCCUUAGACUAAAUCUUUAUACGAAAUUUUAAAGCCCAUUACAAUAGCACCCACUAAUCCAAUGAUUAGUGGCAUGAUUCACUGCAAAAAAAUCUUCCACAGACUUCUGAAAAUAUUUUAAAAUGUUAAAAAGGAACAUGGUAUUAUUAUAGAACUUUUAGUUAUGCUAUAAAAUAAAUUUAAAGUUGGCCACUUUCAAUUGAAAUCUUAUAAAAGAGCAUAUUACAUACAUUUUUUAACCAGUGGCAAAAGAAGGAAAUGAGCGUUGAAUAUCUUGGUAUAAAAACCUAGUAUUUCAUUUCAUGCAUCUAUCAUUCAAGAGGUACUUUAAAAAUACAGAGUCAUGGUGCUUUUGGAAGUCUAAUAUUAUGACAUGUAAUUUACAUGGACUAAUAGCAUUAUGUUCUCUCAGACAUCUUAUUUUGUAAUAUUCAAUUUUUCAAGACCUAAUAUUAACAGAAAGAAGAAAAUGUUAUAGACAAUUCGAAGUAAUCUGUCAAGUUUUAAAUCUACCAAUUUUUUUUCUUGUCUACUUUGGAAUAAUCACUUCGCUGGUACUAUUCAGCAAUCUUCAUUCGUCCUGUUAGUUUCUUAGCACAAAGACUAAUUCCAAAUUUCCUCCACUCCACCUCAAAUCCACGAUCCUUCUUAAUACUUAAUUCCUUCUUAAUAUUUUAUUUUCUAUAUUACUUUUGUCUUCCACUGUGGCAUUAUUCCCAGUAAAGACAAACAUCUGUGUACCUUCACCUCCUACUGGAAAAAUCAUUCCUGUCUCUAGCAUGACUGAUAGAUUAAUUACCUCAAUUCUCUUUUAUCUUCAGUAUCUUCCUAGAAGUCAACUUGGUCUUAAGUUCCCUUUUACUCAAGCUCCUGUCUCCUCUAAACUGCUCUUCUUAAGACUACCAUAAUCGACGUGUGAAUAUAUUAGUGUAAUCGUGUUUGUAACUUGGUAAAAAAACAAAACACUAUUUAGCAAACUGAAGUAACAGAAUUUUGUUCAUUUUUCUACGGGACAUUUUAAAUGACCUAUUUCUUUAAAGUUUUGUCUGUAUUACAGGGCCUUAAUGUCUAGUUUCACAACUAUAUUAACCAAGCCUGAAGCAGGCUACAGUUAGGCAAUAUUUUCCAAUAUAAAGACCUCUGAUUAAAUUCUUACUGUGAAUCUUUGGAAUUUGGCAUGAAACAGAACAAGCAUGAUUGCACGUGUUCUUCCCUAUUGUAAACCAUCUUCGGUGUCAACAUAUACAAUAAGUUUUGUGGUAUUUCCACCUGGUUUUCUAUUUUCAAAGUACCCUUGUAUGACACAGGCAUAAAAAUACUUUGAUUCUAAUCUGCCAUUUUCCUUACUCUCCUCACACUUUCUUGGACGGCUUAUAAUUUUCGAUAUGGUACAAAGCUCACUAACUGGUUCUUUGCUAGAGGCCUGCUACUGAUACUGAUGGUCGCUAAGUGCUAGGUACGCCGCCGGUAUUGCUCUUACUUCAAUACCGACAUCGCAGGAUAAAGGCAGUCACAUGUAGGCGCGCAAGCGCAAUUCUUGAUUAAUGAGCCAAGGCAAAGAUUUCUCAAUCCGAGUUCUGAGUUUUCCUUACUUUUCCCCCAAAUGCUCUUUUCCUCGGAUUUCACAUCAAUAGCACUUAUUCGAGUUUUCACGAGUAACCUGACGCAGGCGGAACCGACGAAGACUAGCCGGCAAGAAUCCUACAGUCGCAGCCAUCUGCGCAGCGUCCGCCGGGGACGCUCCGCGCGGAAGACCGCCUGUGACUCGACACACUCUCCAGUGACGCGGCCGUCGCCGCACCUGCGCGGCGGGGCGGGAAGGAGACUCCCAGCGCCGGGGGGAAGGGAGUCUACGACUCGGGACAGAGGUGGGGGAGCAGGGAGGGAGAGAGGGAAGAAGGGAGGAGGAGAGAGGCGGACAGGCGGAGGGGCGGAGGGGCGGUCCUUCCCGGAGGUUCUUAGAUCCUUCACUUCCUGUUUGCCGGCACUUCAAAAUCCGGGUCAAAGGGUGUCGCUUCGGUCUCUUCUCCCCGGCUGAUCCCAGCACUCUCCGUGACAGCGCCUCCUGACUCAGCCCAGGACCGGCUUCUUCUCACGACCUGCUGGAGACUGGACGCCCACACCUGACCCGGAACUCGGAGGCGUGCUUCCUCCACCCGCCGGCUAGCAGCCCCAGGCCCUGAGCGCCCGCCGACGCCGCUGGGGGGCCCGACAGGCCCCUCGGCGCUGAUGCUGAGUGGGAUCGAGGGCCCGGGGCGGCGGCGGAGUACGGGCCUCUGGCGCCUUAGGCCAGCCGCAGGUGUCGGUUCUUAGGCUCUCCAGGCUCACCAGCUCCCGCCCCGGCUUGGAUGGGUCUCCCUGCGCCAUAAAUGUGGCUGCUGAGGCGGCGGUGGCCGUGGCCCGUCGCGCUGCUGCUGCGGCGCUCCAAGUUCAUCUCCGCCCCGGGGCUCUCCUGCCCCACCUCGGGGCUGCCGCCACCCGCUCCUUAUCCCCUGGCCCUGGCCUUGCAGCGUGGCGACAAUGGACAAGAUCCUGGAGGGCCUUGUGAGUUCCUCGCAUCCCCUGCCCCUCAAGCGGGUGAUUGUGCGGAAGGUGGUGGAAUCGGCGGAGCACUGGCUAGACGAGGCGCAGUGUGAGGCCAUGUUUGACCUGACGACCCGGCUCAUCCUGGAGGGCCAGGACCCUUUCCAGCGGCAGGUGGGGCACCAGGUGCUGGAGGCCUACGCACGAUACCACCGGCCAGAGUUCGAGUCCUUCUUCAACAAGACCUUCGUGUUGGGCCUCCUUCAUCAGGGCUACCACUCUCUGGACAGGAAGGAUGUAGCCAUCCUGGACUACAUUCACAACGGCCUGAAGCUGAUUAUGAGCUGUCCGUCGGUGCUGGAUCUCUUUAGCCUCCUGCAGGUAGAGGUGUUACGGAUGGUGUGUGAGAGGCCGGAGCCGCAGCUCUGUGCCCGACUGAGCGACCUUCUGACCGACUUUGUGCAAUGCAUCCCCAAGGGGAAAUUGUCCAUCACGUUCUGUCAACAGCUGGUUCGAACGAUAGGCCAUUUCCAGUGCGUGUCCACCCAGGAAAGAGAGCUGCGGGAAUAUGUCUCCCAGGUGACAAAAGUUAGUAACUUGCUGCAGAACAUCUGGAAGGCCGAGCCUGCCACACUGCUGCCUUCCCUGCAAGAAGUUUUUGCAAGCAUCUCUUCCACAGAUGCAUCAUUUGAACCUUCUGUAGCAUUGGCAAGCCUUGUGCAGCAUAUUCCUCUUCAGAUGAUUACAGUUCUCAUCAGGAGCCUUACUACAGAUCCAAAUGUAAAAGAUGCAAGUAUGACCCAAGCCCUUUGCAGAAUGAUUGACUGGCUAUCCUGGCCAUUGGCUCAGCAUGUGGAUACAUGGGUAAUUGCACUCCUGAAAGGACUGGCAGCUGUCCAGAAGUUUACUAUUUUGAUAGAUGUUACUUUGCUGAAAAUAGAACUGGUUUUUAAUCGACUUUGGUUUCCUCUUGUGAGACCUGGUGCUCUUGCAGUUCUUUCUCACAUGCUGCUUAGCUUUCAGCAUUCUCCAGAGGCGUUCCAUUUGAUUGUUCCUCAUGUGGUUAAUUUGGUUUAUUCUUUCAAAAAUGAUGGACUGCCUUCCAGUACAGCCUUCUUAGUACAAUUAACAGAAUUGAUACACUGUAUGAUGUAUCAUUAUUCUGGAUUUCCAGAUCUCUAUGAACCUAUUCUGGAGGCAAUAAAGGAUUUUCCUAAGCCCAGUGAAGAGAAGAUUAAGUUAAUUCUCAAUCAAAGUGCCUGGACUUCUCAAUCCAAUUCUUUGGCGUCUUGCUUGUCUAGACUUUCUGGAAAAUCUGAAACUGGGAAAACUGGUCUUAUUAACCUAGGAAAUACAUGUUAUAUGAACAGUGUUAUACAAGCCUUGUUUAUGGCCACAGAUUUCAGGAGACAAGUAUUAUCUUUAAAUCUAAAUGGGUGCAAUUCAUUAAUGAAAAAAUUACAGCAUCUUUUUGCCUUUCUGGCUCAUACGCAGAGGGAAGCAUACGCACCUCGGAUAUUCUUUGAGGCUUCCACACCUCCAUGGUUUACUCCCAGAUCACAGCAAGACUGUUCUGAAUACCUCAGAUUUCUCCUUGACAGGCUCCAUGAAGAAGAAAAGAUCUUGAAAGUUCAGGCCUCACACAAGCCUUCUGAAAUUCUGGAAUGCAGUGAAACUUCUUUACAGGAAGUAGCUAGUAAAGCAGCAGUACUCACAGAGACCCCUCGUACAAGUGACGGUGAGAAGACUUUAAUAGAAAAAAUGUUUGGAGGAAAACUACGAACUCACAUACGUUGUUUGAACUGCAGGAGUACCUCACAAAAAGUGGAAGCCUUUACAGAUCUUUCGCUUGCCUUUUGUCCUUCCUCUUCUUUGGAAAACAUGUCUGUCCAAGACCCAGCAUCAUCACCCAGUAUACAAGAUGGUGGUCUAAUGCAAGCCUCUGUACCCGGUCCUUCAGAAGAACCAGUAGUUUAUAAUCCAACAACAGCUGCCUUCAUCUGUGACUCACUUGUGAAUGAAAAAACCAUAGGCAGUCCUCCUAAUGAGUUUUACUGUUCUGAAAACACUUCUGUCCCUAAUGAAUCUAACAAGAUUCUUGUUAAUAAAGAUGUACCUCAGAAACCAGGAGGUGAAACCACACCUUCAGUAACUGACUUACUAAAUUAUUUUUUGGCUCCAGAGAUUCUUACUGGUGAUAACCAAUAUUAUUGUGAAAACUGUGCCUCUCUGCAAAAUGCUGAGAAAACUAUGCAAAUCACGGAGGAACCUGAAUACCUUAUUCUUACUCUCCUGAGAUUUUCAUAUGAUCAGAAGUAUCAUGUGAGAAGGAAAAUUUUAGACAAUGUAUCACUGCCAAUGGUUUUGGAGUUGCCAGUUAAAAGAAUUACUUCUUUCUCUUCAUUGUCAGAAAGUUGGUCUGUAGAUGUUGACUUCACUGAUCUUAGUGAGAACCUUGCUAAAAAAUUAAAGCCUUCAGGGACUGAUGAAGCUUCCUGCACAAAAUUGGUGCCCUAUCUAUUAAGUUCUGUUGUGGUUCACUCUGGUAUAUCCUCUGAAAGUGGGCAUUACUAUUCUUAUGCCAGAAAUAUCACAAGUACAGACUCUUCAUAUCAGAUGUACCACCAGUCUGAGGCUCUGGCAUUAGCAUCCUCCCAGAGUCAUUUACUAGGGAGAGAUAGUCCCAAUGCAGUUUUUGAACAGGAUUUGGAAAAUAAGGAAAUGUCAAAAGAAUGGUUUUUAUUUAAUGACAGUAGAGUGACAUUUACUUCAUUUCAGUCAGUCCAGAAAAUUACGAGCAGGUUUCCAAAGGACACAGCUUAUGUGCUUUUGUAUAAAAAACAGCAUAGUACUAAUGGUUUAAGUGGUAAUAACCCAACCAGUGGACUCUGGAUAAAUGGAGACCCACCUCUACAGAAAGAACUUAUGGAUGCUAUAACAAAAGACAAUAAACUAUAUUUACAGGAACAAGAGUUGAAUGCUCGAGCCCGGGCCCUCCAAGCUGCAUCUGCUUCAUGUUCAUUUCGGCCCAAUGGAUUUGAUGACAACGACCCACCAGGAAGCUGUGGACCGACUGGUGGAGGGGGUGGAGGAGGAUUUAAUACAGUUGGCAGACUCGUAUUUUGAUCCUGAGAGAGUCCAAAAUGCACUGGUCACGAAACGUCUAAUACUAUGACUGUUAAAAUGUCAGACUAUAACAAAUAUCUAUCUUUUAUUUUUCAUUAGACCCUUAUACUUCAAGAGAACACACUCAGUGCUUGUUUUUAUUUUCUUGACACAUUUAUUAACAAAAUGCAUCAUGGAAGAAAAAUCUACCUCUUAAAAUUCCAUUUGCUUUUAUGGUUAGACAUGCUUGACCAAAAAUGUUCAGAAGAAAAUAUGUACCUGGUCCCUAAUUAAGCUGCGUUAAAUUUGGUAGAAGCAUUUAAAUGGUCUAUCUUCAGUUUUACUGAACAAAAAAUGUAAUUUAUUUAGCAUUCUUUGUAAAAGAAUUGAUGCUAGAGGUAAGAAAAAAAAUACUUGUUUUUAAAAAAUCCUUUACGUCUUGUGUAAUUACCCCAUUAUUAAAUUCAAGUCUUUGAAAAUCAACUAGAGAUUAUAAAGUCUCUAAAGAAGGCAAUAACAAAAUUUAUCAAGAUAUAGUACUUUUCAGUUUUUGUUUAGUGUCUUCAGCAUCACUGUGUCUGUAUUUCAAGUACAAAUGUUUUUAAAAAGGAUUCUUUAUACAUAUGUGCUGAAUUGAUUUUAAGAAAGUUGCAUGAUCCUGUAGGAGCAACAUUUUUACCUAAAAAAUGCUAACUUUGUAGUAUUUCUAAUUGUUCAAGGAUUUUAAAAUUCUAUUUCAGGGAGUAUAUCUUCUGUGUGUUUUGAAGGAGGUGAGUUCUGUAUGUGCCUUGCAGUACUGUAAUUCAAAAAUAGGAAUCUUUGGCUGCGAAAUUUUAAUGAAAUGUUAGGAAGUAAUUUUCGUGCUAACAUUAAAAUUAUAACUUUUUGAAAGGUAAUAGAUUUUCCAGAAGUAAAAUCUGAUGGUUCUAAAUCAAUCAAUGUGAUAGUUCAUUUUUAACUCUUAGAAGAAUUCAGAGGAAAUGAACCCAGCUAAGUAAAAAAUCUGUCUUGAUUUUGUUACUUAUUCCUCAGAAUAUUAAACAUUGAUCACAUA